AUGAAGGUCUUCACAACGGGAACCGUGCUAGUGGCCUGCCUAUUUCUCCUGGCAAACGAAGGAUCAGGAGCCUUGGUGGAGGAGGACUGUGGGACAACUAGGAGCCCCUCGAGAUUUCGGCGGUUAGUUAAUGGCGAAAAUGCCGAAAGAUAUUCAAAUCCAUGGAUGGCUCUGGUGCUUAAUAAAGGCAGUUUUAUCUGUAGCGGUUCUCUAAUUACCUCACGUUUUGUUAUGACGGCAGCCACUUGCGUCACCAACUCGCCUAUGCAGGUGAUAUUGGGCGAAUACGAAAGAGAUUGCACGAGUGAGAAAUGCUCAUCAAGCCGUAAUGUCAUUGACAUCGAUAAGAAAAUUAUCCACCAUAACUUUGGUAAUACAAAUCAAAAUGCACAUGACAUAGCACUGCUUCAAUUAGCCACAACGGUGGUAUUCUCAGAUUAUAUCCGUCCAAUUUGUCUGUCCGACGAUUUUCAACUGGGACAAAACCUUCGAUUAUUCAAUGCCACUGGCUGGGGUAGAACACAUUCCAGCGAAUCCAGCUCUAUACUACAGACAACCACUCUAGAAAAUAUCCAUCGUAAAUAUUGCAAUCGAAGAUUUUCCAUAACUCUUAUGAGAAGUCAACUAUGUGUUGGCAGUAAUACCAGUGACACAUGCAAUGGCGAUUCGGGUGGUCCUUUGACCGCACAACUAACGUAUGAAAAUAGAACGCGGACUUUCCAGUUCGGCAUCGUCAGCUUCGGUUCUUCAUUCUGCAGUGGACUCGGUAUUUACACAAAUGUUAGGCGCUAUAUGAAAUGGAUAAUACAAACUACAGGUGUUAACAAGAAGUUAUUAAAUUAAUUUUCUUAUGAGAGACCUCUUAUAAUAAAGGUGUUAUUUUAAAGUUGAA